GACUCUGAAUUCGUAAAUAACUACCGUCUGAGUCGGGAAUUGUUCCAAACGCUGUGUGAAGAGAUUGUGCCGUUUCUUCCUCCAAGGAUACGACACCGGGGUAUUGAUCCCAUAAUGAAGAUUUUGGUAGUAUUAAACUUCUAUGCAAGGGGUAGUUAUCAAGGUGCCGUAGGCCUCAACAGCGAUGUACCCAUGGCACAGCAAACUGUGUCUAGGUGCAUCCAUGAGGUCACGGAUGCUUUGAAUCGAGCUGAGAUUUUGAGGAAGUACAUUCGCUUCCCACAAAAUAGGGAAGAAAGGAAUGUCAUCAAACAAAAAUUUUCCGAUAGAUAUGGGAUACCGGGGGUAUGUGGCUGCAUAGACUGCACCCACAUUAAAAUAAUAAGGCCCGCUGAACAUGAAGAGCGGUGCUUUAAUAGGAAACAUUGGCAUUCCAUUAACUGCCAAGUGAUUUGUGACUCUGAUUGCCUUAUAUUGAGUAUUGAUGCAUCAUACACAUCAUCAUACAUUGGGCAUAUGGGCCCAACAUGAGAUAAAAGCUCACAUGGAAGAACUCUCAAUACAGGGAGAGACUACAUACCUACUGGGUAAAUGUUCCAAAUAUAAAUUUAUCCAUUCUCAACCUAAACUAUCUCAAAGCCCAAAGCGAGGUGAUGGAUGUAUUAUGUAUGUUGGUAACCCAAAAUAAUAAUGUAUUAAUAAUUUCAUAACAUGUUCUACAGGUGACUCAGGGUAUCCUCUCUGGUCAUUCAUGAUGACUCCAGUGGACCAUGCAGUAGACGACUCACCUGAAGGGCGCUACAAUAUAAUUCAGAAACGUGCCCGUUCCACUGUAGAGCACACAUUUGGAAUACUAAAAGGGAGAUGGAGGUAG